GUGGGGGGGGCCGGGCAGCAGCGCCCAGGCGCUGAGCAGGGGUCCCGGUGGGUCCCGGUGGGUCCCGGUGCUGGGCAGAAGGGCAGGCGCCUGCUGGCCUCAGGAUGUCUGUCAGCAGCGAUGAGGAGAUUCUGAAGUACUACGAGUUGCGCGAAACGAUUGGGACGGGUAGGAGUGAUCUCUGAACAAAGACGCCUGCCUGCUGUCUGCCUGAGUACAGAGUGACUUCAGGUGGGUUUGCGAAGGUAAAGCUUGGACGACAUCUUCUUACCGGUGAAAAAGUUGCAAUAAAAAUCAUGGACAAGCUUGCUCUAGGGGAUGACUUGCCUCGUGUUAAAACAGAAAUUGAUGCCAUGAAGAAUUUAAGUCACCAACAUAUUUGCCGGUUGUAUCACGUAAUAGAGACAUCCAAGAAAAUAUUCAUGGUCUUAGAGUAUUGUCCUGGAGGAGAGCUGUUUGAUUACAUUAUUUCCAAGGACCGUCUUUCAGAAGAAGAAGCUCGUGUAUUUUUUCGGCAGAUUGUUUCAGCAAUUGCUUAUGUUCACAGUAAGGGAUAUGCCCACAGGGACCUCAAACCAGAAAAUCUGCUGAUUGACGAGGAACAUAAUCUGAAGCUGAUAGACUUUGGGCUCUGUGCAAAGCCAAAGGGAGGCCUUGAUUACCAUCUGAACACCUGCUGUGGAAGCCCAGCGUAUGCAGCGCCGGAGCUGAUUCAGGGCAAAGCAUAUAUUGGAUCAGAGGCAGAUAUUUGGAGCAUGGGUGUACUGCUGUAUGCUCUGCUGUGUGGCUUUCUCCCUUUUGAUGAUGACAACGUCAUGGCAGUCUACAGGAGGAUAAUGAGAGGAAAAUAUACUAUUCCAAAGUGGCUCUCUCCUAGCAGUACGCUGCUGCUUAGCCAAAUGCUACAGGUGGACCCAAAGAAGCGGAUUACAGUUAAGCAUCUGUUAAGUCACCCGUGGCUCAUGGAAGGUUAUUGAGAUGCUGUCCACUGGCAAAGUAAAUAUCCACAGGGACACCUUGACGAGGACUGCGUGACAGAGCUUUCCAUGUUUCACACCCAGAGCAGGGAGAGUAUAUAGGAAUUAAUAUCAGAGGUAAGAACUACAUGUUGUUAAUUUGUUGUAAUUAAGCAUGCUAAUACAGUAAGUAACCUUAGCGUAUUGGCAGCCUCAUGGUGCCUUAUUCUCAGGCGUGAGUUUUGCUGUGCUUUUCCAACCUACGGAAUCCCCACAGAAUUUCAGACCUGUCAGUACAGCUCUGAAGCUCAAUUUUGCCUUUUCUUUUUCCUCCUUUCAUUGUGUUUCCCAAACUUUAUUGAUAUUUUCUGCCACGUUAAUAUCCUUAUGAAUUUCUGAAAGGCAAAAUAGACUCAACCUAAAGAUGUCUGGAUGAACAACCAAUUUCUUGCACUGGCUGAACUCCGUGCUUUGAAAUGUUCUGAUACCGGAGAGAAAAAUUCCAGUGCAUCGCUCAGCCAGGCUAUAAAAUAAGUGUGGGGGAAUUGCUUUUCACAAACUUUGGAAGAAGUGAAUCAGUUCCUGUCCCAUUGGAAUAUAAAUGACAAAAGCUGAGCUGACUACCUGUAGAGGAAUUGUACCAAUGUGUUAGUGGUGAUAUUCUAACCUGGUAGAAGAGACUUACAACAUGAGGUGGACUCCGGCCUUAAUGUGAAUCUGAAAAUUGUGCUUUGAAAUUUAUUUUUUUUAUUCUACUGUAUAGAAUGAAGACUUGGGAUAAAAUCUUUCACAUAACUGUAGCAGAAACAGACUUUUAAAAUAUGUGUUCUAUUUAAAGUGGAUAAAUUUUGGAGUAAAUAUUG